GCAAAUCACUAAAACUCUGUAAUCCAAAGGUUUAAAUAAUGAGAAUCAAAUAGGUUGACAAAAAAAAUGUUAACACGAUUGAGGACGUAUGGCUAGCGACAAUGUCAGAACAAGUCACAUAACAAGUGUCAUCUAACUAGACUCCAGACCUUCCAACUAAGCUUUCUCCCAAAACUUAUCUUUACUUUCUCGCGGUUUCUCUUACACGAAAAUGUGCUUACCAUUUCAAUUUAAUAGAACCAUUCGUUCAUCAAGAAAGGUAAAGAAAAACAUGAACACAAACGAUCAUGGCCUUACCCUCUUGAGAUUAGUCUUCAUAUUUUCUCUUCUUUACUUCCCUUACUUAGCCAUAUCUGAAACGCCGUGCCCGUAUCCGUGUUAUCCGCCGCCCAUGGGCGGUGGCUCCUCCACGACUCAACCACCACCAUAUCCUCCUCCAGCCUUUAACUAUCCUUAUCCAGCUGGAAAUUUACCAAAUUACCCUUCGCCACCAUACAUCGGGGGAGGCGGUAGUGGCAGCUUCUAUGGUCCUCCACCGCCGGAUGCUAUCUUGCCUUACUUCCCCUACUACUUUAGAAAACCUCCUCACCAGACGGAUCAAACAUCCUCGUCUCCACUUGUGGCUGUUUCAGGAAAAUUGACGGUGGGGAUCAUAGCCAUGGGAAAUCUUGUGGUAGUUGGAGUUCUCUGUAAUAUUUGGUAAUCAAGUUAAUUACUAAGUAACUAUUGCUAAAACCUUAUAUGUGUAUGAAAAUAUAUUAUAAUAUAUACUUCAGAGGUCUAAAGCAGAAAAAGAAGUUGGCUUAAGAGGCUGUGCAGACUAUUCGUUAGUAGUUCUUUUAUUAUCA